CUCUCUCUCUCUCUUUUUCUCUCUCUGUGGGAAUUGCAAUUGCAGGGGUCUUCGUUUGCCGAGAAUUCUGCAGUUCACGGUCUUCCCGGCGAGAAAAUGUCGUCCAUCGGAACGUCGAAGGGCAUCCUGGAGAUCGCCAAGUUCGGCGUCUACGUGACGGUCCCCAUCGUUCUCAUGUACGCCUUCGCCAACAACUCCAAGAAUCUCCAGAAAUUCAUGGGCACUAAAUCUUACGUGGUAUACCCACCUGAGGGACCGAGGCCGCCUUCGCCAGAAGAGCUGAGGGAAAUGGCAAGAGAGAUUGCUCGCAAGAGAAACAAUCAAUAAACAGCUUCUCUCUGAUGCGGGUCGGAGUUUCUCCGCAUACUUGUUUGUAUUAUGCGAGAAACAAUAAGCUUGUACGUGUUAUAAUUUCUUAGUGAAGUCACCCUCAUUCUCCUUCCCAUCCCAUCAAGUAAAUAGAAGCAAUUAAAGGAAAGGUUCAUGGAUGUAUGCGAUGUAUGCUUGCUGUUGUGAUGGAUUUACCCAUUGUUUCCUCGUGUAUACCAUCUCAAUUUCGAGAAACCUUUGCCAGAGAACAGGAUUGAAGAACCAUGGAAUGCUAGGUUCGACUUCUACUCCUGUCAGAAUGCGUGUGAUGAACUUGAAACUCUCUUCAGGGGAGUCUCCUAGUCCCUGUAUGAUGUAUUUACUGCUUCUACCUCAACUUUUUAUGACUGUUGGAAGGUGGACUUGGUAAAUAAUAAACACUAAGGAGAUUCUGCCAA